AAAUCACCUUGUACAAAUUUUGGCCCUUUAUUUUACUUUUAUAGCUCCUGUACAUAUUUUCUCACAGAUUCUCCACGAACCAGAAUCUUCUCCUUUCAGAUUUUCAAGGACGGAUCUUUGCUUUCUCAUAUGGGUGUUGCACUUUUGCUUCAACAGAAAAUGGCACAAAACCUGGGUAUAUAUGCAAUAACUCUGGACACAGCUGACUGGCCUUGUAAGAUACAAGUUGUAAAUAUAUGUGGACCAGGCAAAAGCAAUGUAAAAAAGAUAAAAUAUCUCAGCAUGAUUGUUCAAGAUGAACAGGAAGAUCAAAUAAAAGCAAUCGUUUAUGGAGAUGACAUCCCCAAUUAUCAGAGUUUGAUGAAACUUUAUCACACCUACUGGAUAACGGGUGCACGCAUGCAACUACCAAAUCUGAAAUAUGAAAGUCCAUUGCAUGCAUUUGAGUGGGUUCUCGAUGAAAAGACCAUCAUUGAUCCAAUUGAAAAGAAUACUGAAGAUGUGUUGCCACCUCCUACAGAGCUUAAUGUUACCUCCUUCUUAGAUAUUAAGGAUCAGGCCUUCCUAGAUAUCAAUAAUACUCUAACUAAAAAAGAAUUCAACAUACUUGCAAUUAUUGUCAACUGUUCCCCACCAAGAUACGUUGCAAGAGCUCAUUGUUAUUGAUACCCUUAACCAAAUUUUCAAGCUCACAAUAUGGGAAGAUCCACUUAUAGAAAAUGAAGGUAGGAAACUCCUAACAAUUCCAAGAAUAUCCUAUAAUUCUUGCAAGACGUAUUGGGGCGUCUAAAUUUGAAGGUAAGCUAUAAUAAACAAUACUUCAUAUUAUUUUUUUUAAUAUUUGAACUGCCAAUAGUUGACUCUUGAUUUAAUAUGAAUUUUUAGCAAUUAUUGUUUUAAUAGAUAUUGACAUUUUAAUUAAUAAUGUCUUCAAGAAUAUAAUUGACUACAGAUAGAAUUAACUUCAUCGACGUAUA